CUCCUCCUCCACCCACCCCAGGCCAGAUUGUGGACACAGUGGUGCAGGAGCAGAGCCCCUCCAUUCUGCUGGAGCUGGGGGCCUACUGCGGUUACUCGGCCAUACGGAUGGCCCGCCUGAUGCCACCCAGUGCUCGCCUGCUCACCAUCGAGAUCAAUCCCGCCUACGCCGCCAUCACUCAGCAGAUGGUGGACUUCGCAGGCCUGCAGGACAAGGUAACCAUUGUCGUCGGAGCAUCCCAGGACAUCAUCCCUCAGCUGAAAAAGAAAUACGAUGUGGAUACACUAGACAUGGUCUUCCUUGACCACUGGAAGGACCGGUACCUGCCAGACACACUCCUCCUAGAGGUGAGUUGCACAGCUGCCUGUCUGGGAUGGGCUGGCUGCUGCUGCCGUGGCUGCCCUGUUGAUGGGCCUCAGGCUCUCUGAAGAGUCAGGGGCCCU